AUGGAGUUUGAAGAUCAAGAAGAGCAUGAAGAGGAGACUGAGUUGCCACCGAGUUAUGAUUCGCUUGAAAACUUAGCUCGACCCCAAAUGCCAACCCCAGUUGGAUCAGAGCCGCCAUUGAAGCCUAGGUACAGAGAGUGCUUGAAGAACCAUGCGGUGGGUCUCGGUGGCCACGCCGUCGAUGGGUGUGGGGAGUUCAUGCCCGCCGGAGCUGACGGUACCAUCGACGCCCUUAAAUGCGCAGCCUGUCUCUGCCACCGCAACUUCCACCGGAAAGAAACUCACUCCACCAUCGUCAGCGGUAGCGAACCGUUCUACUUGCCGCAGCACCACCUACUGACCCACCACCCUCACGGCCAGUUUUCUUCACCACCCUACUACCGAACUCCAUCUGGCCGGUAUCUCCAGGUGGUGCAACACCAGAGGCCAUUGGCUUUGCCGUCGUCUUCCGGCGGCGGUGGUGGGUCGGAGGAGGACAUGUCGAACCCAAAUAAUACUAUUGGAGGGGUGUCAAAGAAGAGGGUUAGGACGAAGUUUACUCAAGAACAGAAAGAGAAGAUGAUGGAUUUGGCGGAGAGGUUAGAUUGGAGGAUUCAAAAGCAAGAUGAGGAGGUGGUGGAGCAAUUCUGCAAUGAGGCUGGAGUGAGAAGGCAUGUGCUCAAAGUUUGGAUGCAUAACAACAAGCACACCCUUGGUAAGAAACCCUAG